AUGUCUUCGACUUCAGUCGCUGGUGCGGCUUCGGAGUCGGCCACCCAUCUGGGUGAUUUCGAUCGCGCUUCGUCCUCAAACGCGCCAAGUCCAACUGCAGCUAGCAGUGAUCUGACUCCCGCACCUGAAGCCGCUACAUCACAAUCUGCCCACGAACCGCAGCCUAUUGAUGCUUCGGCUCUCACUGCUGACCACUACAUUAUCAAUGGUCAUGAUAAUAUCGGGAGUCUGUCUGCCACAUACGGUACCAGAUCGCGUAAAUCCGGUCGUGCACGCCCAAACUAUGCCGACGAUAAAGAAAUCGAUGCCGAGAUAGAGGCUGCUGGCAGAUACUCGAAGGGAUCUAAGAAAUUGAACGCUGCAUCUGGUCCUCCUCCUGCGCAGGAGGUCGUCCCUGCGCGCAAUGGUUUCGCUGUCGCAAAUGGUGCUGCCAUGGCACCCGCAUCUUCCUCGACAGCACUGGCUAACGGCACGCAUACCUCGGUGCAACCUCCUGUCCCAACUUCGAAGAAACGGAAACAGCCUGGCAGCAAUAUUACUGUGCCGGCUGCACAAUCGACGCCUCCUCCUCCAGUGUCCACCCCAAAGUCCUUCGCCACGCACCGACCGCAGUUUCUCGAAACGAAUGUGUUGAGCUUUAGCAAUAGCAAGGCAAGGUUAAACAAUAGGCAGCAGCUUGUGGCUGAUGAUGGUACGGCGAUUGGAGUCAACGAUCAUAUGUACUUCAUCUGUGAGCCGCCUGGAGAUCCAUACUACUUGGGCAGAAUCAUGGAAUUCUUACACGUGGACAACACCUCCAACAGCCCAGUCGAAGCUGUUCGUGUCAACUGGUUCUAUCGUCCUAAGGAUAUUCAACGUCGUGUUCAGGAUACAAGAGUCGUCUUUGCCUCAAUGCACUCAGAUACCUGCCCGUUGUCGUCUAUGCGUGGCAAGUGCAGUAUCCGACAUUUGGCAGACAUUCCCGACCUAGACGACUAUCGAAAGCAACCAAACUCCUUCUGGUUCGAUAAAUUGUAUGAUCGCUACAUGCACCGAUACUACGAAGUUAUUCCGACCUCGAGAGUGGUCAACGUCCCACGUCGUGUGAAGAAAGUCCUUGAUGAACGAUGGAAGUUUGUGCUUGUUGAGGUCGGUCGUGGCCGUGAUUUGACUAGCGCCAGCAAAGUAUGCAAGCGUUGUGGUGACUUUGCUGCCAACCACGAGUCAGUGGAUUGCGCUGUCUGCAAGAACACCUAUCACAUGUCAUGUGUACGUCCGCCACUGUUGAAGAAACCAGCUCGCGGUUUUGCUUGGGCAUGCGGACCAUGUAGCAGGGCACAGGAACUGAAGAUGGAAGCUAGAAAUACCCCUAUUAGUGAAACAGAGUUGUCACGUUUAGCUGAAGCUGAGAGUUUCGACGAGGAGGAAGAAAGUCAGCCUCCAGACCUAACGACACGAGAGAACAGUGUUGGGCCUGAAGAACAUUCUCAACCAACAGCAGCACAACUUGCUCAGGCUAAUCUAUGGCCAUGGCGAUAUCUUGGUAUUCAUGCAAGACCAGAAGAUGCUCUUGAUUAUGAUGAUCGGAUAUAUCCUCGAGCUAGCUCUAGACUUGGUCCGAGACAUCAGGCAAAUAUCACAGUAUGGCAUGGAAGACCGAUCGAGUACAUCAAAGCGGCCGAGGGCAAGAAGAAGUACAAGCCAAUAGGUGGAACCAAGAAAGACUCAAAGGCUGUGACUCUAUCGGAGAACGACAAACGUGAGAAGAGGCCUAAGUGGGUAUUCGAUGAGCCUCCUGGAUACGUUGCCAGAGGUCAAGAUGAGCCGAUAGAGUUGAAGGGCAAGAAAGAAUACACUGCACAAUUGACCUUCAAGAUGCCCGAUCCUAGUAAAUUCACUGAGAGAGGACUUGACUCUACCGAACGACCAGACGAUUACAACGAAAUUGUGGAUGUGUACCUUCAGCGAUGUGACAAUGAGAUAGCGCCCAGGUUCAACCUUAAGCCAGGAAAUGUCGACAUAAGGACAAAGGGCUUGGAAAAGCUUCAAGAAAACAAUUAUGAUGUCGAAAAGGCCAUGGAAGCUAUGCGAAAAGUUACUGCUCGUACGGACUUGAAAUUACCAGAACUUACCAAAGACGAAAUCAAGCGGUUCGAAGAAGGCGUUAGCAAAUUCGGUAGCGAACUUCACGCGGUGGCACGUCACGUAAGCUCGACAAUCAAGGACAGUCGCAUUGUACGCUUCUACUACAUGUGGAAGAAGACUGAUAGAGGCAAGGAGAUCUGGGGUAACUUUGAAGGCCGAAAAUCCAAGAAGGACUCCAAACGAGUCGAGAAGGACGCCAGUGGGGCUAGACUACUGGAAGACGUUGCCGAUGAUGGCGAUGACUCUGCUUUCGACGAGGAGAAGGCUGCCAAGGUCAGACGAGGAUUCAAAUGUAAACAUUGCAGUUCAACAUCCUCCCGGACGUGGCGUCGCGCUCCUGCUACUGCGCCAGGCACACUGGUACCUCGAGAUCCAUCUUCCAAGAAUACCAAGGACAAGAGCAGUUGGCUGAUUCAGGCUCUGUGUGGUAAAUGCGCUUAUCUCUGGCGUCGAUACGCGGCUCAAUAUGAGUCAAUCGAGGAAUUAGGCAAGAAAAUUGUCAUCUCAGGUGGUCGCGCCUCGAAACGGAAAGUUGACGAGGAGACGAUGCGGAUCGUGAUCGAAGCACAAAACUUUGCUGGAGAUCUUAUCAACAAAAAUACUGCCCAAAUCGCGAUAUCAUCUGGUAUUGAAGUACCGGUUUCCAUGAUCGAAUCUGACGAGCCAGCAAACAAGAAGAAAAGGCCAGAGACUGUACCCGUGGCGCCCGAACUUGUCGUUGAGAAGAAAAGAGUUGUGCCAGAGAAGCCUGCCGAGCUUGAACCACUCAAGCCGGAAAUGCCUCGAGUCAAAGAACAUCCUUGUGCUGUAUGUCAUAUCAUGAGCCAUCCUGAGCAUAAGAUGCUCAAGUGCAGAGACUGCAGAUUACACGUGCAUGCUCCAUGCUAUGGAGUCAACGCUCCUGUAGGAUCAGGCCCUUGGUAUUGUGAUAUGUGCAAGAAUGAUCAUAACACGCAAGUAUCGACAAAUUACGAGUGCGUACUUUGUCCUGUACGUCGAACACCACAAGAACUCAUGGAACCGCCGAAGAUCUCACACAAGAAGAAGACCGACCGUGAAAGAGAGAAAGAGCGAGCAGAACGUGAGAUGGUUAACGAGGCUGGCCGACGUUGGCGUGAAGAUCAGCUCGCAGCCGGUAGACCUGUCGAUCCUCGUGAGCCACUCAAGCGUACUGCUUGGAACAACUGGAUACACGUCAAUUGUGCUGUCUGGUGCAAGGAAAUUCGAUUUGGUGAUGCAGAAAAUCUUGAUGCAGCUGAAGGGAUUGGCUUUAUUGCUCGAGAACGCUUCGAGACAGCGUUACCUACCAUUGUGCACAAUAUGCUUGAGCAAACACCUUCAGGCUUGACAGCACUUCAAGAUGAGGCGAGCAGCUCAAUUCCAAUCUAA